AAUCCUGCUCCUCCUCCAUAGGUCCAGCGAGCUCAACAGCAGCAAAAGUCUGGGCAGCUGGACUUUCUGCCUAAGCAUUUAUACUGUACUUUGUGGGUACCACAGAAUAAGAGUGCCUUCCAGAAUUAUAUACACCCAAGAGGUAACCAAAGAGAUCUCUCUCUCUCUCUCUUUCUUUUAAAUACUUCUACGAUUAUUACUAUGUAGGAGAGAUGGCAAGGAGAUCCAUCUAGCACUUUGUCCAGAAGGCAGUGAGGUUUAUGAUCAUUUUUAAGUCUUGUUGCAGAGAUCCACAGCUGUGAGCCAGCAGCUGAGAGGGCUUUGUCUCCUGCUUCCACUUCUGUUAUAGACUGAUAGUUCCAUUGCUCCCCAGCAGUGCAGCCAGUGUUCUUCUCCAAUGGAAACCCCCAGUGCCUGUCUGAGAUAUUCAGGGCAAGAGCUGUGGCUAAGUCUGAUUGAGCCAGGCCCAGUGAUCACAGAAUUUGAAAAAAAGGUGUUUGAAGAUGGAAUGAAAAUGGAUCUUUCGGCUGUUGAUGAAGAAACUGCUGACAUGUUUACUAAUAUUUACCUUAAAAAUUACAAACAGAUUUUCCAAAUCCUGGGACAGAGUGCAGAGGACAUAGCAGAGCAUACUGUAAAGAUAAUUCUUGCAGAAAAUCCACCUUUUCGCCAUCAGACCAACACCCUGUACACACCAAUAACAACCUUGAAAUAUGCAGAUCCUAAUGGAGAUUUACCUAUUGAUACCUUCUACAAAAUGGUUUUUCAGCAUGAUAAAAUCUUCAGUGCAAGUCUUAACUUCAUCAAACUGCUAAGGUGGAGAAGCAGAAAAAGCUUUGAUUUGGGCAACCCUUCACAAUGAAUAUAUGUAUGCUACUGUGUGCAUUUGGAUCACUAGUUCUAGUCACUGCUGAUAUACUGUUUUGAAAAAUAGCUUUGCAAUAUAAUUUAUUACAAAAAGACAUUCAAAAUGUUGGUUAGUGAGCUUAAUUGAGGUAUUAAUGUUGAUUAACUUUUAUUUUGAACUUCAAGUUUCCAAUGCUUUGAAAGUAAAAUGUUUGAGCCAUGGCAGUUAUUCUCAGCAAUCUUGGCCGUAUAUUCUAUUUCCAGAGUUGUUCCUGGUAGAAAUUUAUGACCACUAUUUUUCUGAGCAUCAACAAAUCAAUUAUCAAACAGCGACCUUCAGCAUUUAUUAGAAUUAAAAAGAAAAGAUACUGAGGGCUGGUCUACACUUGGGGGGGGGGGGGUCGAUCUAAGAUAC